CUCGUGUUCCCCGUCCAGGCGGGGUUUCCGGGCACCGCUUCGACGGCGGCUUCGCGGGACCCGCAGACCCGGUCGCAGCCCGAGCCCCAAGCGGACGGAGUCAUGAGGCACCUGCCGUAUUUCUGCCGCGGCCAGGUGGUGCGGGGCUUCGGCCGCGGCUCCAAGCAGCUGGGCAUCCCCACAGCUAACUUUCCGGAACAAGUAGUUGAUAAUCUUCCAGCCGAUGUAUCCACUGGCAUUUAUUAUGGCUGGGCCAGUGUUGGAAAUGGAGACGUUCAUAAGAUGGUGGUGAGCAUAGGAUGGAACCCAUACUACAAGAAUACAAAAAAGUCUAUGGAAACUCAUAUCAUGCAUACCUUCAAAGAGGACUUCUAUGGGGAGAUCCUCAAUGUGGCCAUUGUUGGCUACCUCAGACCGGAAAAGAACUUUGAUUCUUUAGAGUCCCUUAUUUCAGCAAUUCAAGCUGAUAUUGAGGAAGCUAAGAAACGACUAGAUUUACCAGAACAUUUGAAAUUCAAAGAAGACAAUUUCUUCCAGGUUCCCAAAGGCAAAAUAAUGAAUGGUCACUGAUAAAAAAAAUCACCUUAUUCUUAUUUAUUCAUUUACUGUUUUCUAAUAUUUUACUGCUCAUAACUCCUCCAUCAUUAUAUUUUGAAAAUCAGAUAUUUUCUUACAGCUGUGAAUUAGUUUAAACAGUACAGUGUCUUUACCACGUUAUGUUUCAACCAUUCAAAUCAAACCCAUCAUGCUAUUGUACUAAAGUGAUUGAUUUUAAAGAUCAAGAUUCUUUUUGAUGUAAUAUGUUGAUUAAAAUGUACUACUAGAAAGGUCUUAAGUGUCUUAAAAUGGAAAUGAAAAUGUAUAUAAGUAUGGGUAAAAAGGCAAGUCACGAGAUUUGAGAUGAGAACUAGUAAUUCUCAUGGUGCCCAGUAGUACAUAUAUACUUGUGUAGUGUGUGCCUCUCAGUGGGGCAGGCUUAGCAAAGUAAAUGUAUUCAACAGAGGUGUGAGAGUUGAUUAUAAACCUAAGGGGAAAAAUCCAGACUUUAUAUUUUUGAUAUUUUGUGCAUUAAUAUAUUGUUGCAAACAUGUAGACAUGUGAAUUUUUUUUUUCUCUUGUGUGAAGUUUUAUUGUGGUUAGUCAUUUCCUUUAUGAGGUCAGAUCAUUGCACUGUAUUCAUUUUCUUUUACAGCUGCCUCAGUUCUAAUUGGUCUAGACUCCCUCUCCGUAUCAUUUGUUUGUUUAUCUCCUGAAGCGGUAAAAUGAGUGUUUUUCUAAUCUCUAGCUCUCAUUUUUGUGUUGUAUGGCACUUCUCUGUUUUAAGAGCAGAUGUUCAAUAUUUUUCUUGAUUUGGUUCUUUUUCCUUGGAA